AGAGAGACCGCUGGAGAUAUUUCAGCAAGCAGGAGAAAUAGACAAGUCCAGCUCGAAGCGUGAAGACGUGUCGGAGUUUCUGCCUUCAGCAUUGGUUUAUUUUAGGCAAUUGCGGGAAAGAGCAAGGCGGGCCCCCCGCGUCACAGCAGCUCGAACGCGCUUUCCAAAUCGCGUGUCUUCGCGACGCAUCAGCUUGUCCUUUGACUAUACAUAUUCUUCCCAACUUUUGUACAUCACCACGACCGCAGCCCAUGCCUCGAACGCGCAAUCGCGCCAGUGCUGCGCAGGAGAAGCUCGUUGUCGAAGAGCCCGUUGUCGAAGAAGUCCCUGCUGAAGAGGAGGAAGAUGAGCAUCAGAGCAUCGAGGGUGCCCCGAGGCCACUGGACUUCAACGAAUCCCUGACAUGGCGCGCCGGGAAGCCUAUCGUCGUCGCAGAGCUACUACGUCGCCUGAGGACUCUACACGGUGAACUGGCUGAGCUGGACCAGGAAGAUGCCCACCGCGACUCUCUUGUACCAGUCGCACAAGAGCUGGCCCACAGGAACCUGCUCGAGCAUCGUGAUCGCGGUGUUAAGGCCUGGACCGCGCUAUGUAUCGUUGAGAUGUUCAAGUUACUGGCCCCUGAUGCCCCAUUCAAGGCUGCUCAAUUGAACCAAAUCUUCUCCCUUAUCAUUACACAAGUCCUACCUUCCCUCGGCAACCCUCAGGACCCAUACAACGAACAGCACUUGUCCAUCAUCCGCUCAUUGGAUGAGGUGAAGAGUAUUGUUCUACUCACCGACAUUCCUGGAGCCGACAGCCUACUAUACAAGCUGUUCACAGGUGCUUUUGACAUCUUCGCAGACACGUCAAAGAACGACAAAGCCGAAGAGCUGGGCAAGAACGUCGAACACCAUGUCACCAGUCUGCUCGUCACUGUUGUUGAUGAGAGUCCCUCGCUACCUAAUGAUGUUGUUGACAUUAUCCUGGCGCAAUUCCUCCGCCUUGAUCCCACCACCUUCCCGCUUCAGCUUAACAAGUCUACUCGCGAGUCCUCGCGCCCCUUCCAUCUCCAAUUGCCUCCCCCGGCUUACAAUAUGGCCAAGAAUAUCUGUAGCUCGUGUCCCGACAAGAUGUCUCGCAUGGUUGCCCACUACUUCAACUCAAUUAUCGCAGACCUCUCGGAUGGUCUCGACGGUUCAAGUUCGCGCAAGUCAACAUCACGACGUCGUUCUGGUGCUGACGACGAGGAUGAUGAGGAAGAAGACAAUGAUCGUGAUGCUCCACCUGCUGGUCCGUCUGCAGAAGAGCUCAAAUCAUUGGAGAAAGCACACAGGCUGCUGCGCGAGCUGUGGAGGUCUGCCGCUUUGGUCAUACAGAACAUUGUUCCUCAAAUCGAGUCUGAGCUUGGUGCUGAGAACAUCGACAUAAGAUUCCUGGCCACUGAGACAGUUGGCGACUUAAUAUCUGGCAUCGGCGCGGCAGGCCCACCCGCUCCUGUAGCUCUCGACCCGGCAGCAUACCCUUCUCAGAGCAUUGAUCCGCCUUCAGCCUAUUCCAAGACCUACAACUUCCUCACCACUCCCGCCGCUCCUCACGCCUUUUCCUCUGUUCACUCUUCCACCUACCAAGCCUUUCUCAACCGACGCAACGACAAAUCACCAAAAGUCCGUUCAAUCUGGGUGACUUGUGUAGGUCGCAUUCUGGCCACCUCCGCUGGUGGUGUUGGUCUCGACCCAAAGGAGGAAAGUGCUAUACUCAGGUACAUCUCUGACAUGCUUGUGGACAACGACGAGCACGUUCGUCUCGCUGCAGUUCAAGCCAUUGGUCGCUGCGAUUUCGAGACGAUCGUCCAACGUAUAGGCGCAAGCGGCAGCGUCAAUACUCCCGAUUCGGUACUUUCAAACCUGGCCGACAGAAUCAAGGACCGUAAGCACAGUGUCCGUGCCGAGGCUAUGUCUCUGCUUGGUCGCAUUUGGGGUGUUGCUGCAGGUGCUAUCACUGAAGGGAACGAGAGAGUCCGUAUGCUUCUUGGUGCAAUUCCUUCACGUAUUUUUGAUGCUAUCUACAUCAAUGACCGCGAGAUCACUGCGUUGGUACAACAAGUCCUCUACGACUCCCUCUUACCACUGAGCUAUCCUCCAAUCAAGGCCAAGUCUACGACGAACGGCGAUUCGCAGCGUGUCAAGGACAGUCAAGUUCCGGCUUCGCAAGCUGAGAAAGCACCUUCACCGGAUGCCAUUCGCGCUGAGCGUAUUCUGGUGCUGGUUCGAGACCUCGAGCAGAAGGCCAAGACUGUCUUCUUCACUUUCCAGUCCAGACAGACCAAGAUGGCGCAAUACUUGGAAGCGUUCUUGAAGCGCUGCGAAGACUACAAUGGAGGCGUCAAUGCAAAGAACGGCAAAGAGGGCAGUGGCUCGCUUGCCAAGUUGAUUGAGUUCUUUGCGCGAGAGCGUCCCGAACCUCUUGUAGCCAACGAACACCUCUGGAAAUUUGCUAAGAAGCAUAAUAGAAGAUGUUAUCAGUUGAUCAGAUUCGCAACAAAUCCCGACAGCGAGUACAAGAAGGUUAACAACGCCAUUAAGGAAUUGACGAAAGGCAUCGAAAGUCCGGCAAUCUUGACGACGAUAUUGCCUAUCAUCUAUCAGGCCAGUGUACUGGUUUACAGCAAGAGUCACGUCCCUACGAUUGUCGAUAUUUCUCGUACGGAGGUCAGGGGUCUUGGUUCACCAGCGCAUGAGGUGCUUAGAGAGAUCUCAACCCACAACCCCGAGGUCUUCAAGGCACACGUACGUAGCCUGUGCGCCACGCUUCAGGAGCAAGUGCCAUCGAAAGAUAGACCUACCGAUUCUGGUGUGGUCGAGACUCUGAAGGCGUGUGCCGGUUUCGCGCAGAGAUUCCCUGCGGAGAUUCCUCGCGAUCGUGCCUUCUUGCAAGCCAUGGUUCAGUUUGCCCUCCACGGGAAUCCGCCCAUAGCCGCGAAACACGCCGUUUCCGUCGUCGUUGCUGCUGACGAGAAGAAGGACAUGUACGUCAAAGACAUUGUCACCAAGUGUGUACAAGGCUUCGAAUAUGGCGAAGAUGGUUAUCUUUCAAAGCUGGCAGCGCUCAGUCAACUCAUGCUCCUGUCAGCAAAGGACACUGAAGACGAACAUGAUAACAUUAUGGAAAUCGCGAUUCAGAAAGUCCUGCUGCAAGUCCGAACCAAAGCCAAGCCAGACGAUGUUGAAUGGCAAGAAGAACCGGAUGACGAGUGCGAAGCCAAGAUCUGGGCCCUCAAGAUCUUAGCAAACAGACUUAGAUCCUACGCGAUGUCUGUACCUGACAGUGAGAUGGAGACUGUAGUCAAGGAGCAGGCAGUGCCGGUGUUCAAGCUGUUGCAACGCAUUGUUGAUAAGGAUGGCGAGCUGUCCAAGACUCAGAACGAAACCCCCAAGCCUCACAGAGCACGCCUGCGAUUGAACGCAGCUAUUCUGCUGCUUAAGUUGUGCAGUGCACACAAACGUUUCGACGCACUGAUGGAGCCCAAGCAAUUCAACCGUCUCAUCGUCAUCGCCCAGGAUGCACUACCCGAGGUUCGAGAGGCUUUCGUAGAUGCCAUCAAGAAGUAUCUUGGUCAAGGCAGACUGCCCCACCGUUUCUAUACUCUGGUGUUCGUCUACGCUUUCGAGCCAAACGGAGUCAUCAAGAACGCAACAUCAACAUGGCUGAAGGGGCGCGCAGCAACAUUUGCUAAAGCUAACGAAACCGUCAUGGAGGCCACAUUCGCACGCUUCAUCAGUCUUCUCGCUCACCACCCCGACUUCUCAACAGAAUUGAAAGACUUGAAGGACUCUGUUGACUACAUGAUGUUCUACCUGAAGGCUGUUGCAACCCCGACCAACAUCACCCUGAUCUACCACAUCGCUCAAAGAAUGAAAUCCGUUAAGGACGGCAUUGAUGAGACCAAGAGUGAAAACUUGUAUUGUCUGUCUGACAUCGCGCAAGCUGUCAUCCGCAGAUACCAAGAACUGCAAGGUUGGUCACUGUCGGUAUGGUCUGGAAAGCUUCGUCUACCUGUUGGUCUCUUUGCCGCUCUGCCCAGCCAUGCGAUCGCCCAACAGAUCGCCGAGAAACAAUAUGCACUAGAGGAGUUGAUGGAACAAAUCGAAGACCUAGUCAGAGACCGCCUGCGUACCAAGAAGCGCAAGUCUGAGGGCACAAACACACAGGCCAAGAAGCGCGCCAGAGCUAGCGAAGGCAAGGCGGCCAAAUCGACCUCGAGCAAGAAGAUCAAGAGCGUCAAGACGCCGAAGAAAAAGAGCUCAAAUGCUGCCUCAGUACCUGCCAGCGAGAUCCGUCGCAGUUCUCGCAAGUCUGGCGCGAAAAGCUACCUCGAGAACAGCGACAGUGAUGAAGCAGACGGUCCUGACGAUGCCGAAGAAGACGAUAGCGACGACGACGAAAGCGACGCAGAGGACCAAGAGCAGGAUGAGGAAAUGGAGGAUGCCGAGAAGCAGGAACCAGAGGCAGUCGUAGGAAGCGAAGAACCAGAACAAGAGGCUGCUGAGCCAGAAGAGGAAGAAGCAGUCGAGCCAGAGGAGGAACCAUCACCAGUACCCACCAAGAAACGAGGAGGUCGUACUGCUGCCGCAACCAAAGCCAAAAAGGCAGCCAAACCCGCCACAGCUCCCACAAGAUCGAGCCGGAGAAAGAGAAAUGGUGCUGCUAAGGGCAGUGAUUCCGAACUGAGUGAUGCACCAUCAGAUAUGGAGUAGUAUGUCCUAGUAUGAACAUGGGAUGGGGCCCAUCGCGUGCCUUUCACUCUUCCUGUAUUUGCUUAAAAAACAACCAACAUCGAGUAACUACUAUGGCUAUUUUCAUCACACAUGCAUACUUUUAUAGCGAAUGGCGUUUUCUUUUGUGUUUUCCACCCUUUUCCGUUCAUCCACAAGUUCAAUUUGUUUCUAAUAUCAGUCUCGUUCGUGUAUAGCAGCAAAGCAAUCAGUACG